AUGGAUCAUGAAAUGAAGAAAUUGGGGAGAGGAGGAUGGGUGAACCAGGCGUACUGUGGUAGCCCUCCACUUGGGCAUCACUCCGUUGAUACUGUGUACAGCCCGCAGGCUCGCUUUAACAGCCCCAUGGUUUCAUCGAACCCUUACAGUGGGGACGCCAUGGUACUAAACCACCAGGAGAAGAAAUCUGGAUGCUGUGGCUCUUUCCUACGAGGAAUCAAAGGACUGUGGGGAACCACUCUGACAGAGGACACAGAGAAGAAUCAAGAACUCUUUCUUAAAACGACCAUCAGAGAACUAUUUGUCUACAUUCUCUUUCUGGUGGACAUAUGUCUGUUGACCUAUGGCAUGACCAGCUCAAACACCUACUACUACACUAAAGCCAUGACUGAUCUGUUUGUGAAUUCCCAAAGUGACAGCGGCCUCUCAUUCGAAUCCAUUUCCAGCAUGGAUGAUUACUGGACAUUUGCAGAAGGGCCACUGCUGAACGGUCUCUACUGGACCUCAUGGUACAACAACAAGCCCCUCGACAACGGGACAAAUUCCUUCAUUUACUACGAGAACCUGCUGCUGGGUGUCCCUCGCAUCCGGCAGCUCAAAGUCAAGGACAAAUCUUGCAAGGUGGACAAAGACUUUGAAGAGGAUAUCACGUACUGUUUUAAUAACUAUGAUGAGAAGAAAGAGGACCACAGCGAGUUUGGACUUGUCAACGGAUCAGCCUGGCAGUAUCACACUGAAAAAGAUCUAAAGGGAUCAAGUCACUGGGGAUUGCUCACGACUUACAGUGGAGCCGGCUACUACCAGGACCUGGGCACCACCAAACAGCAAAGUUAUGAACUCCUAGCAGAGCUUAAAGACAACCUGUGGCUAGAUCAUGGAACCAGAGCUGUUUUUAUCGAUUUCUCUACAUACAAUGCCAACAUCAAUCUCUUCUGUGUUAUCAGGUUGGUGGUUGAAUUCCCGGCCACUGGUGGGGCAAUACCGUCGUACCAGAUCCGAACUGUCAAGCUGAUUCGGUAUGUUACCUCGUGGGAUUACUUCAUCAUGGGCUGCGAGAUGGUCUUCUGUGUGUUCAUUCUUUACUAUAUAGUGGAGGAGAUCCUGGAGCUUCGCAUCCACAAGCUCUCCUACUUCAACAGUGUCUGGAAUGUUCUGGACCUGGUGGUCAUACUGCUUGCUGUCGUUGCCAUCGUCUUUAAUGUUUUCCGGACUGUCAAAGUGACCAACCUACUGGGAGAGUUGAUCAAAAAGCCUGGCAUCUACGCUGAUUUUGAAUUUCUUGCAUUCUGGCAAACCCAGUACAACAACAUGAACGCUGUUAACCUGUUCUUUGCUUGGAUCAAGAUCUUCAAGUACAUCAGUUUCAAUAAGACGAUGACUCAGCUGUCCUCUACAUUAGCCCGCUGUGCCACAGACAUCAUGGGGUUUGCCGUCAUGUUCUUCAUUGUGUUCUUUGCCUACGCUCAGUUGGGCUAUCUUCUCUUCGGAACUCAAGUUGAAUCAUUCAGCACAUUCAACAAAUGCAUUUUCACACAGUUUCGGAUCAUUCUUGGAGACUUCGACUAUGAUGGCAUUGAGCAGGCGAACAGGAUCCUUGGACCGAUAUACUUCUUCACCUACGUGUUCUUCGUCUUCUUUGUGCUACUGAACAUGUUUCUGGCCAUCAUCAAUGACACUUACUCCGAGGUGAAAGAGGAGCUGGCAUCCCAGAAAGAUCACAUGCAGCUUUCAGACCUUUUCAAACAGAGUUAUUCAAAGACUUUAAUGAAGCUGAAACUUAAAAAGGAUAAGAUCUCGGAUGUCCAAAAGGCCUUGGAGACCGGGUCUAAUGAUUUAGAAUAUAAAGACUUUAAAGAAGUCCUAAAAGGGAUGGGACAUGAUGAACAUGAGAUUUCAGAAGCUUUCACCAAAUAUGACAAGGACCACAAUCAAAUUCUGGACCCAGAGGAGCAAAAAAGGAUGAAACAAGAGUUGGAGGAAAAACGGAAUGCACUUAAUGCUGAGCUUCGGAGUAUUGGACUCAACUUUUCAAACAUUGGUGUCAAGGGAGAGGACAACUCCAGCCCAGUGACUCAGGAGCAGUUUCGGACGUUGGCCAAACAUGUUGUUGAACUGGAAAGUUCUCUAGCCCGCACAAUGUCCAAAAUUGACUUGGUCAUGGAGAAACUGGGACUGCAGGAGCACGGUAGCGCAAACAAAAAGUAA